AUGUCGGACAAUGCCGGAUUCCGACAGGAUAUGCCCCCUCCGGGGGGCUAUCGGAAGUUCAACUACGCACGCACAUUUCCAAAGCUCGUUUGGAGGCCUGGAGUCGUUGUGGCUGCCGUAUUCGGAGCAACAGUUGUUGGUUCAUUUCAGGCUAUCGCCAAAAAGAAGUCUAUAGUAACGGAGAAGUUCGAAGAUGUAGACAUUAAUAACGCAAUGGAGCCUUUUCUUACGGCUGAACGUGACAGAUAUUGGCUGAAGUUGUUGAAGAAAAAUAGAGAUCUAGAAGAAGAGGUCAUGAAAGACGUCCCUGGAUGGAAGACAGGAACAUGGUAUGGUGAGCCAGUAUACUUCACCUUAGGAGACAAGUGGUGGGAUCCUUCCCAGCAUGAGAUAUACGCACACUCGCAACGGCACGUGUUUUUCAAAGACCUCCUCUGGCGUCAUCACUCCGAAUAUUCGGCUCCGAAGUUCUACGACAAAUGGAUACCAGAUUGGAUCGGCAAAUAUAUUUGGUAG